CUCAACCACCCUCUAAAGUCUAAUCUAACUCAUUGGGCUCUGUGCUUAGCUGGUUGUGUUUUGUGUAUGGUGAAUUAGGGGGUCAAUCUCUGGUUUUCAUCAUUAUUAUAUUAUAUAUGGGAAUACCGUGCUCUCUUCUUUGUCCUUCACCAAAACUAGUUUCACGCCUACACAACAUGAUUAGAGCCUCUUCAUUUUUUUAAUCUCAUCCUUUAAGUGUAUUUCUAUUUCUAUUGGCUAUUGGGACAAGGGGAAGGUGGUGCUUCUUAGGAACUUGAGCUGUUUUCCAUCUUUUGAGACCCAUGCUUUGUCUCUCUCAUUUUUAAUUCUGGGUUUCAAUCACGCAAAACAAUGCUGCAAUGAUGCUGUACUUGGAGUUUCUUCUGUGACCCCUUUUUUCCUUCCUUCAACAAUCAACCCACCAGAGAAAAGUGUCUCAGAUUUUGAGACUACUUUCAACUUUCAAAACAAAGUGGAUGGGAUCUUCAUCUUAUAUAACCACACAUCAAUCAUUUGUGCUACUUCUCCAAUUUUCUUUAGAGAUGAAAUGAAGAGCUAAGCAGACAAGACAAGUUUAUUUGUUUGUUGCUGAUGGGUCUUGGGUUCAAGAUGCAGCAGAGCCACCACCCUGUGGCUUUGAAGUUACAUGAGCAAGCUGGGAGCCAGAGAAAGUUCACUUUCAUUCAGAACUUCAGAAACUGGUUUCUACCCCUUCUGUUUGUAUGGUUCAUUGUUAUGGCUGCAUUUGGUGCCUGCAUCUACCAUAAAAUGGAUGCUGAAACUAAAGUCAGAAGGAAAGAGGUGCUGGGUAGCCUCUGUGAUCAAAGGGCUAGAAUGCUACAAGACCAAUUCAGUGUCAGUGUCAACCAUGUCCAUGCCCUUGCCAUCCUUGUUUCAACCUUCCAUUACUACAGAAAUACUUCAGCCAUUGACCAGGAAACCUUUGCAGAAUACACGGCCAGGACAGCAUUUGAACGGCCAUUAAUGAGUGGGGUGGCCUAUGCACAGAGAGUGGUUCACUCAGAGAGAGAAAGAUUUGAGAAGCAACAUGGGUGGGUUAUAAAGACAAUGGAAAGAGUGCCUUCAGGGGUUAGGGAUGAGUAUGCAGCAGUGAUAUUUGCACAGGAAACUGUCUCUUACCUUGAAUCUAUUGAUAUGAUGUCUGGGGAGGAGGACCGAGAGAACAUUUUGAGGGCUAGAGCCACUGGGAAAGCUGUUCUGACUAGCCCUUUCAGACUGCUGGAUUCUCAUCAUCUUGGCGUGGUUCUAACAUUUCCUGUUUAUAAAUCUAAGCUCCCUCCAGAGCCAACGACGGAAGAGGUCAUUAAAGCCAUAGCAGGAUAUAUUGGAGGAUCCUUUGAUGUUGAGUCCCUUGUGGAGAAUUUACUUGGUCAACUUGCUGGUAACCAAGCAAUUUUGGUGAAGGUAUAUGAUAUAACAAACUCUAGCGACCCCCUAAUCAUGUAUGGCAGCCAAUAUGAAGAGGGUGAUAUGUCUCUUGUCCAUGAAAGUAAGCUUGAUUUUGGAGAUCCAUACAGGAAACAUCACAUGAUCUGUAGAUAUCACCAACAGGCACCAACAAAUUGGAUAGCAUAUACCACGGCAUUCCUAUUCUUUGUGAUUCUUUGUUUAGUGGGUUACAUUUUAUAUGCUGCUGGAACUCACAUUGUCAAGGUAGAAGAUGAUUACAAUGCAAUGCAGGAUUUAAAAGUCAAAGCAGAAGCAGCUGAUAUUGCCAAGUCACAGUUUCUAGCUACCGUCUCUCAUGAAAUUAGAACUCCCAUGAAUGGAAUUUUAGGAAUGCUUGGUCUGCUUUUACGCACAGAAUUGAGUUCAACACAAAGAGACUAUGCUCAGACUGCUCAAGCAUGUGGGAAGGCACUAAUAGCAUUAAUAAAUGAGGUGCUUGACCGAGCUAAAAUUGAAGCAGGCAAAUUAGAGCUAGAAGCAGUUCCAUUUGACCUUCGUUCCAUACUUGACGAUGUCCUUUCUCUUUUUUCUGAGAAGUCAAGACACAAAGGCUUAGAGCUGGCAGUGUUUGUUUCUGACAAAGUUCCGGAUAUAGUUAUGGGCGAUCCUGGGCGAUUCAGACAAAUAGUGACAAAUCUUGUUGGAAACUCUGUUAAGUUCACUGAGCGAGGUCAUAUAUUUGUUAAAGUCCAUUUAGCUGAAAAAAGACAGUGCACAAUGAAUGGAAAAUGUGAGACUUUUCUAAAUGGAGGCUGUGAUGAUGUUUUGCAUGUAUCUGGCAGUUAUAAUUUGAAAACCCUUAGUGGAUAUGAAGCCGCUGAUGAACGGAACAGCUGGGAUAAUUUUAAGCAUCAUAUUGCUGACGAAGAAUUUUUCUUUGAUGCUUCGGUUAAAAAGUUGGCCUCUAGUGAAUCUUAUGAGCAAGUCACCUUGAUGGUCAGCGUGGAGGACACUGGAAUUGGGAUUUCUUUCUCUGCCCAAGAUAGUAUUUUCAUGCCUUUUGUGCAGGCUGACAGCUCAACCUCUCGAAACUAUGGGGGUACCGGGAUCGGCUUGAGUAUCAGUAAGUGCUUGGUUGAACUGAUGGGCGGUCAGAUAAACUUCAUAAGCCGACCCCAGGUCGGGAGCACGUUUUCAUUCACUGCAGAUUUCGGAACAUUUAAGAAAAACUCAACAACUGACAUGAAGAAACUUAACUUUGAAGAUCUACCUUCUAGUUUUAGAGGUCUUAAAGCCAUUGUGGUUGAUGGAAAACCUGUUAGAGCUGCAGUGACUAGAUACCAUUUGAAGAGACUAGGGAUACAAGCUAAAGUUGCAAUUAGCAUCAAUAAGGCUGUUUCUUUAUGUGGGAAAAAUGGUUCUUUGACCUCGGCAUUAUUUCAGCCUGAUAUUAUUUUUGUUGAGAAGGACUCUUGGGUUUCUGGAGAGGAUGGUGGUAUCUUCAAUGCGUUUAAGAUGCCUCAAAUGAUCCUUCUUGCAACCAAUAUCUGUAACGCUGAAUUUGAUAAAGCCAAAGCUGCAGGUUUCAGUGAUACAGUGAUCAUGAAGCCACUGAGAGCUAGUAUGCUGGCUGCUUGUCUUCAGCAAGUUUUCGGGACUGGCAAGACGAGGCAGUUUGGGAAAGACAUGUCGAAUGGUUCUUCAGUACGAAGCCUUCUUUGCGGAAAGAAAAUCUUAGUGGUUGAUGAUAAUUUGGUGAACCGAAGGGUCGCCGCCGGCGCGUUGAAAAACUUUGGAGCUGAUGUCAAAUGUGCAGCAAGUGGCAAAGCUGCUCUUGAAAUGCUUCAAUAUCCUCACGAUUUCGAUGCUUGCUUCAUGGAUAUUCAAAUGCCAGAAAUGGAUGGGUUUGAGGCCACUCGUCGAAUUCGGAUGAUGGAAAGAGAGGCAAGUGAGCAGCUGAAAAGUGAAUCUGGUGAAGAAAAUGGUAAGAAAAGUGAGUUCCACAUGCCUAUAUUGGCCAUGACAGCUGAUGUAAUCCAUGCUACAUAUGAUAAGUGCUUAAAUUGUGGGAUGGAUGGAUACGUCUCAAAGCCUUUUGAAGAAGAGAAUCUCUAUCAAGCAGUUGCAAAGUUCUUCAAGUCCAAGCCUGCUUCAGACUCAUGACACUGCUUAUUCUGCAGAACAGGUCAACCAACUUUUGAUUGAGAAACAUUUAGUGUUAGCAUGUUUGGAUCAACUUCUCCCAGCAUCAAUUCUGAAACUCAGAAGCUACUCAUAGAAGCUUCUAGCCAGAAUUGAUUUUGGCUUCAGAAGCUACUAAUGGUUUUAUGUAGAGAGCAAAAGUUGGUUUCCAAGAUAUGCGAGGAUCCAUGAUGAUACACACGUCUGAAGUGAUCAUUUCUAACCAGUUGAAGUUUCACUCGACGUGAUUUGAAUCCAAGUAAAUGCAUACCACAUAAUUAUCCAUCCCCAUCUUGUGUACAGAUUCUCCCAAGGGAUAAGAAAAUUUAUGUAAAUUCAAUUUUUUUCUUUUGCAUCUCAAUACUUCCCUGUUAGAACUUUUUCCCUAUGAUUAUUUCCACUUUUCAUUUUCAAUUAUAUUUUUUGUAAAA